GGCCAAUGGGCGACGCCGUCGCUUAUCCGCCGCUUAUCUGCCUUGCGUCUGUCGGCGCGCGUCAGUCAGUCGGGGUCUCAGGCUGACGUUGCUUGGCCUUCUGUUCCCCGUGUUCGUGUUCCUGCUCCCGCCGUCCACUUCUGAGCGCCUGACACUCAACCAACCCCGGCCCCGACCCCAGCCCAACCCGCCGGCCGCAGCGCCCUCCCUCCGGCGCCAUGUCGCAGAGCGGGACUCCUGGACUGCAGGAGGAGAGCCUGCAGGGCUCCUGGGUGGAACUGCACUUUAGCAGUAACGGGAACGGCAGCAGCGUGCCAGCCUCAGUUUCUAUUUAUAAUGGUGACAUGGAGAAAAUCCUGCUGGAUGCCCAGCAUGAGUCUGGACGGAGCAGCUCCAAGAGUUCUCACUGUGACAGCCCGCCUCGCUCACACAGCUCUCAGUCUGAAGAAGAUUACAUUGAGAGAAGGAAAGAAGUUGAAAGCAUCCUGAAGAAAAAUUCAGACUGGAUAUGGGACUGGUCAAGCCGGCCGGAAAACAUCCCCCCUAAGGAGUUCCUGUUCAGGCACCCGAAGCGCACGGCCACCCUCAGCAUGAGGAACACAAGUGUCAUGAAGAAGGGGGGUGUCUUUUCAGCUGAGUUUCUCAAAGUCUUCCUUCCGUCUCUGCUGCUCUCACACCUGUUGGCCAUUGGGCUGGGGAUCUACAUCGGGCGGCGUCUGACCACCUCCACCAGCACCUUCUGAUGAGGAAUUGGAAUCGGCUUUUCACAAGGGAGCGGGAUUCAUACCAGAGCUUGCGACAUGGCUCACUGAGGCGCGGUCCUGGCCUUGGUGGCUGGCCACUGUAUUGAUUUGUUCUGUAAAUGCUGGGUGCCUGAUUUAGUGAGACGAAGAAUAGACACUGAAACCACGCUAACCUAGAACCAACCCUACCUGUGGGAUCAAUCAAUGAGCAUGUCACACUAAUACUACUGGAAUAAUGUGGUGGUAACUUUUCUUUGACAUUAUAAAUAUGAGUAUAAAUAAUUUUACCAUGCUAGUCAUGAUGUAUGUAUUUUAAUUAUCUGUAACCUUAAUUCAGUUAAAAUUCUCCCUAUUUUGAAAGAAUGAAUAAUGUUAUUAAAGUGACUCCAUAGUUUAUCCCAAAUAAACAUGUGGCCUUACAUUCACACUGCUGUAGGGCACCCUGUAUGUGGAUGCAGGUGUCUGUGAAGACCACGCUUCACUGUUAGCUGUUCUGAUGUGUGUGUGAUAGGGCCCAGGGCACAGGCCGGGCCCUGUGCAGUGCAGACACUGGCCUGCGUGCUGGGGCAGGGCGGUGACUGUAGUGACCACAUAGAUGAUGCACCUAGGACACCUGCUAAAGCACCUUGUCCCCACUCGGGAUUGCUGCAUUUAGGCUCGUUUGUGUUCAUUUUUUUGCGUGCUCUGAGAUUCGGCUUCAUUCUAAGUAAAUCAGUGUCUACUUUAAAAGACUGGAAAUAGAAAACAAUAAACUUUUGCCAAAUCCUUCAGAGGUUACUGUAUUUGUAUAUGGUUUAAAAGGAAAACUAUGAACGCUUUAGGGUAAAACCAGGCAUAGUCCCCGUUGUCUAAUUAUUCUCUCUUCAGCAUGGUUUUUUCAAGGCUGCCUCUGGUAUGCUGUUUAUGCUGUUAUGUAUUUGUUUCACUUUUCCAUAUUAAAUGCAGUUGUUAAAAUAAACGUAAAAAUUUCCUUUUUAAAAA